AUUUCCUAUCAGGUGAAUGCUUUGGAUGGAUAUAACCGCACAGCUCUGCACUAUGCAGCAGAGAAGGAUGAGAGCUGCGUGGAGCUGCUGUUGGAGUACGGGGCCCUGCCCAACGCCCUGGACGGCAACAAGGACACUCCACUCCACUGGGCCGCCUUUAAAGAUAACCCAGAGUGUGUGAGGGCCCUGCUGGAGAGCGGGGCCUCUCCCAACGCCAGGGACUACAACAAUGACACGCCUUUGAGCUGGGCAGCAAUGAAGGGCAACCUGGAGAGUGUCAAGGUGCUUUUAGACUACGGCGCCCAGGUCCAUGUCACCAACCUGAAGGGCCAGACCCCUAUCUCCCGCCUGGUGGCCCUGUUGGCCCGGGGCCUGGGCACUGAACAGGAGGAGGAGUGCCUGGAGCUGCUGUGCCGGGCUGCAGGACGCUUUGAGAUCCGCCGGGCUGACGGCACGCUUCCCAAGGAGCUAAGUAAGGAUCCCCAGCUGCUGGCCAGGCUGACCAACAUGGUGUCUCAGGCUCCCACUCUGCGCUCUCUGUCGCGCUGUGCCAUCCGCCAGAGUCUCGGGGUCCAGUUCCUCCCCACUGCUGUAAAAGAGCUUCCUUUACCAGAGACAAUCAAAGAAUAUUUACUGCUGAGAGACUGAAGGGAUGAAACCUUUGGGGAGCUCUCAGACCUCACUAGCUUUUUUAUUAGCUCAACAGAAAGCAUUUAUUGGCAAGGGAGUGUCAUGGUAUUGUGAGAUACUGUCUGGAAGUGGCCCGUCAUUCAUCAAACUUUGCAAAUGAGUACAGAUGUAUGCCCCAGGAGAGAUGUUCAAACCCCCAAGUCUUUAUUUUGAUUAUCUAUGAGGAAACUUCUUAAUUAGCAGUGCAUUCGUUUUAGUGUGAUCAGUUUCAGUUGUUGGAAGAAGACUGCCCCAGUUCAUGUUUAUAUUGUUUCUACAGCUGAAAAUGAUGCACAUGUAACAUGUAGAAGUCUCUUCUCAGCCCUUGCAGUACAGAGAAAAACUAUAACAUCAGGUUUUUUAGGCUUCAUGUAGGCUUAUUAUUGAUUUUUCAUUAUGCAAAAUGUAUUAUGUUUGUAUCAAUGUUACAUUUUAAUACUUAAUUAUAAUGUUAUUAUGGUUUGUCACAGAGCAUGAGGGAAAUCCUAAAUGUUGAGUUUGGUUGUAGAAUUAGUAUAUGCUCAUUGUGAGAUUUAAAUGUAAGAUAAGAUAAGGGCUAAAGUGUGAUGAUGCAGGCAGUCAGGUCCUGAAAUAGUGCUCAAGAAUGUUAUGUAGUGUUUAUAAUAGUUGGAGGGGCCAUCUUUCUCUCUAUGACAUCCCAGUGAACUCACUAUCACUUUUGCAACACCAAGGAAAGACAAAAAAUAAAAGUUGAAAAACACUCUGCCCAGCAUAGAAGAUGUUGUGUGCGAUGGAAACAGCUUUGUUUGUGAUGUAGCAAUGACAUGUUGUAACAACAAAAAAAUUAGGUUAAAAUAAGUUUCUCAAAAUGUGCCAGACACAUUGUUCUAGUCCUGUGUUCAACGCUGUUAAAAGUGACGUCCACUAGCCUGCUUUCAUAUGCGAUUUUACUAUUUAUUUUGGCUUUUAUUUUAAUGAAGAUGCAGUUGCCAAGGAGGAAUACAUGUUUUUUCUUUGUUUGUGUUACAAUGGAUGUUCUCAGUCUUACCUUGCAAAAGAAAAGGUUUUCAAAUGUGUUCCAAGGUCCUCAUUAUUGUAACAUAUGUUUAAUUUAAAUGUUAGAACCAAGAAAUGGCAUGAUUACUAAGUUUUUGUCCUUGAAAGAUUCACUUAAUAAGCUUGAACGAUAUAUAUUUGCGUUUGACAUCUGAUCAUUUCUGUGCUUGUUUUUUUUUUUUGUCGGGCUGCUGUAUAAAAAAAGAUACCUUGGAUUAUGUCUUGUGUACAAGUGCUUUUUCUGUGUCAAUGAAAGUAAAUGCUUUUUUAUAUUUCAUUUAUGUUCUUCUCUCCAUUGUUCUUCAAAAAAUAAAUCUGCUGUUUUGACAUGUAA